GAAACUCUGAUAAGCAGUCUUGUAAACUUCAGUUUAUUCCUUAAGAAAAACCAAGAAAUCACUACAAACUCUCUCAUUUUCUUUUCAAGAAAACAGAGUUAAAAUGAAUACUGAUAACAAGCAAUCAACGUCUCUUGAGAGACUCGAAGUGAAGCAAUCGUUAGCAAAGCAAAUUCAGUCUGAUGUUAAAAGUCUUGGGUUUCUUCCAUUCAAGCUUGGAGCUGCUAUUAUUACCGGUGCUGCUCUUCUUGCCGGAGCUGCUGUUCUUGCCCGUCUGGGCCAGGCAAAUAAUAACUUUGAAGAAUUGAAUGAAGGAGAAAUAGAUGGAGGAGAAGAAGAAGCAGCAGAACCACUAGUCAAUGAUGGUGACGGUGACGGCAAUGAUAACGGUAACGGAAAUGGUGGCGGCGGUGGUGAUGAUUUGGAUGUACAACUGACGGUGGUGGUGUUGGUAAUGAUAUUCAUAGUGGUGGUGCUGAUACUGAUAAUGAUACGUCUACUGAAGUCAGGGUAAUAAUGAAAUGGUUGUGCUGGUCGUCUCAUUGUGGUUCUCUAUGCCAGUCUGCUUAGUUUAAAGUUUGAAUUUUUGUGUAAAUUGUAGAUUCGAUGUCUAAUUGAGAA